UCCCUUUGGCUUCUAAUUUACAGCCGAAACAGAAAAAGAAACAAACAAACCUCUCUCUCCUUCUCUCUCUCUCUCUCUCUCAACUGUAUAAAUUUAGAGAGAGAGAGCGGAGAGACACGGACAUGCAAAGGCCAAGUGCUGAUGAUCAAUGUCCUGCUUUUGACCCACUCCAUUCCCAUGAACUCACCGCUCUCUCUCCCUCUCUUUAUCACUCACACCAAUUAAUCCAUCUCUCUUUCAAUUCAAUCUCUCCCUUCCCUUCUCAUGGCGGAGAUGCACCUCGACGCCGUGCUGCAAUUCCUCAGGAGAAACGGCCUCUCCGCCUCCGAAUCCGCCCUCUUCCAAGACAUCACCGACCAGAAAUCCGCGCUCGGCGGCGCCGGAAGUCCAGAGGCCUCCGAUGAUGAUGAUGAAUUCGUCAGCUUCGGCUCUUCCGAUUUUACGAAUCCGUAUGCCAUUCACACCACGCGACCGGGUUCGCAAGCCUCAUCCGAUAGGCUGUCCCAGUUUGGAACUGCUCGAGACUACCGUGAUUUUGAUAUGCAGAACGACGUGUUCUGGUACAAGGAGGCCGACGGGGACUAUGUCAUGCCGCCCCUCUUUGACGGGAGGGACUUUGAUGGCGACCCCAGCGAAGACAAGUUUGUGAUGAGCAUGCAAGCAGAGAAGCCCGUUGAGGAUGUAACGAAGCAUAAUGUAGUUUCUGAGGGAAGAAAUCGAUGGGGUUUAGAUUUCGAGGAGCACUUUAAGUGUGAGCCUGAUCAUGACUGUGAUGAAGUGAGUGAGAGCUUUCAGCUUGAAAAGGUUAACAAAGAGAGUGAUGAGCAUUGGAAUGGCGUUGAGACUGUUUACACGGACGUAUGCAAGGAAGAGAGUCCUACAAAGGCUGGGCUUGAAAGCGUGAACGACACCUACAAUCUCAGUAAUGUCAAGAGAGAGUCUCGAGUUGAUGAUAAUAUAAUUGGUGGAGCCUCAUUGGACACAACGGCUGAAAGGGCUCGUGCAAUCCCGGAUGAGCUUCUGAGCGACGAGCAAGAAGAUGAUUAUGAGAUAUUCGACCUACGGAUCGUGCAUAGAAAGAACCGGACGGGUUUCGAAGAGAACAAGGAGUUUCCCAUUGUUCUGAACAGCGUCAUUGCUGGUCGAUAUCAUGUCACGGAAGUUCUAGGAUCGGCUGCUUUCAGCAGAGUUGUCCAGGCUCGUGAUCUUCAUUCAGGGAUUGAUGUUUGCUUGAAGAUCAUCAAGAACGACAAGGACUUCUUCGACCAAAGCUUAGACGAGAUCAAACUUCUCAAGUUCGUGAACAGGAACGAUCCUGCUGACGAGCGCCAUAUUUUACGCCUCUAUGACUACUUCUAUCAUCAGGAGCAUCUCUUCAUUGUGACUGAGCUUCUUCGAGCAAACUUGUACGAGUUCCAAAAAUACAACCGGGAAUCGGGAGCUGAACCCUAUUUUACAAUGCAUAGGCUGCAGGUAAUCAUUCAACAAUGUUUGGAGGCAUUAGUGUAUCUUCAUGAUUUAGGAAUUAUUCAUUGUGAUCUAAAGCCCGAAAACAUUCUGAUCAAGAGCUACCGAAGAUGUGAGGUUAAGGUUAUUGACCUUGGCAGCAGUUGCUUUCAGACAGACAAUCUGUCCCUGUACGUACAAUCACGUUCAUACAGGGCUCCGGAGGUCAUGCUAGGCCUUCCCUACGACCACAAGAUCGACUUGUGGUCGCUCGGGUGCAUCCUGGCCGAGCUAUACUCUGGGGAGGUGCUAUUUCCGAACGAAGAAGUUGUGUUGCUUCUUGCGCGGAUGGUGGCAAUGCUUGGCCCAAUUGGCGCGGAGAUGCUCCAGGAUGGGCAGGAGACGCACAAGUAUUUCACAAGAGAAUAUGAUCUUUACUAUAUAGACGAGGAGACGAACGAGGUGGAGUACAUAAUCCCGGAGGAGAUGGCGUUGGAGGAGCAUCUGCAGAUACCCGAGGAUCCGGUGUUCGUUGAUUUUAUGAAGUGCUUGCUGGAGAUCAAUCCGGCGAGACGGCCUAGUGCUCGGGAGGCGCUGAAGCACCCUUGGCUUUCCCAGAUAUGAGAGAGUGAGAUUUUUGUAGGAGGUGAUAGAUCAUCUUUGUCUUUCUAUGUAAAUGUAUAUAACAUUUUUAUCAAUUGCAUUUGAGCCUUAUUAUUUGUA